UUUUAGUGAUCCAUAUAUUAGGAACAUACAUUUAAUUGGACUGAUAUAAAAUGGGUUUAAUUAUCAAUGAAUGAAAAGAAGAUGGGUGAUUCCUAUGACGAAGAUGAAGGUCGUUUGAUGAUAGAUGAUGCUAUUCUGGAUAGCACUCAUUCAUCCCAAGCAGGUUGCGCGGAAACAUCCUCCAAAACUACUAGUUAUGAAAAAACAGUUGAAUUAACUCCGGAAGAUGGCGUGGAAAGUCAUCCGGUUGAUCCAGAACCAAAGCCGAAUUUUUAUUGUGAAAGUGGAGUUCCAAAAGUAGUUCAAGGUGUUCAUCGAGAUGAUCGACUGAAAAUGACGAUCAGACGGACACAGAGCCCAGUCAGCGGUGGUGGACAAUUUUCAUAUCCUGGAGAAAAACGUAGUGACGGAUCAACACGAGAUGAGGAUAUAUCUAAAGAAGAGGGAGAAAUCGAUGAUGAAGAAGAGACGAGUAAUAGUUUACAUGCGAAUUCAACCGCUGUAAGCGUUCAUCAGCCAGCUAACUGGCCUGGAUACCAGAGUACUGGUUUUGAAACAGGAUCUGCCGGCACGAACAAAUUUCGUCACGGCGGACAACAGCAGUUUGAACAUCUUCUGUACAGCACACCGCAUUCUAGUGCACGUCAACUAGCGGUCAAUAUUUCGUUAUCUUCGAACGUGACUUCUCCGGGACCAGCAAAUGUGACAAGUUCAUUGACGGUUGAAGAACACAGCUCCCGUGUUCUCUCCGCAUCUCAUACUCAGCAAACAGGAAUUUCUACUACCAGUGUACGUCUUGGACUUACUGGAAAUCAAGGGAUACAAUUUGGUGAAGACCGUGCGGAUUUGGAUCGGCAAAAUACUGCGGUAGUUGGUGUUAGCUUGAAAAAUACGGGAACGCAUAGUUCACCAUGCAGCAAAAUACGAAAAAAGAAACGACGCGUCAGUGAGCGAGAUGAGCAUGAAACCUGCCUGGCUUCUCCCAGCAGCACAGCACCUUCCUUUAAUAUGGCAGCUUCACAAUUAGGCAUGACUUCUGCAGGUGUUAGUUCAGUGAAAAAGAAGAAACCGAAUAUACGCGACCGCUCAACAUGUGUUAGUGUUAAAUCAGUGCAAACUAAUGACGGCGAUAUGGACGUAAAAGUUGGCUCAACUCAUUGUCUCAAUAUUUCCGUGCUUGCAAAAGCUUCGAAUUAUUUGUACUAUGUUACUAAUUGGAAUGGGCGUGAUUUGUAUGGUGUUUUGGGUGAUGGUUUGCCGCCUUUACAACAUACGUAUAUGAGUAAAAAGGCUUCGGGCACGUCUGCUGCAUUAAGCAGUGCAUCCGGGUUUGAUUCGUUUAGUUCACAUGAUAAAACAAAUGGUGGCAGUCCAUCAAAGCAACGAAUUAAUGCUAAAAGAUCGAACAGAAGCUCCUCAGUCUGUCCACCGAAUGGAUUUCCUGAAAUUAAACCAGCUGGAAGAAAGGGUUUAAUCGGAAAUGUUGGUCGACCAUCAAGUGCUUCAACCAGUGAUGUACAAUCUGUCGGUGGGGAUCUACAAGACGAAGAAAGGUCUCAGUCACCAGUCUCAUGGUUCACUUCCGGAAGUAAUGACCCGAUAUCUGCGCUCGGUUCAUUUGGGAGCGUUGCAGACAAUGGUUCAUCUCAGUUACGUGAAUGUGCUUUAUCUACAAUGUAUUCCUGUCCAGUGGCAGGUUGUGAACAUCGCUAUGACACUCAGUCACAGUUGGCAGUUCACUACCACACGCAUUUUGUGAAAGAAGACGGAGGGAGAGCGAUCUACGUUGAAACCAUGGGCACUCAAACAAAUUUAGUCACCAUGAAAGAUGUUGCUGUCGAUACAGAUAGAGAACUAACUCAGAUUCGUACAGUUUCCUCGGAAGAAGUUAGUCCGGAAGUAAAAAAACCUACAAAUGAUGAAAACAGCAUACAUUUGGUUUCACAAAAACCGAAAUUGUCGAAAACUCUCACGAACCAUGAAGAACAAAGCAUCAGUGAGCUCUUCAAGGUUGUCAUACAAAAGACAGAGGCAGGUGGUGGAGUUGCAAAAGCUGACGGGAAGAAAACAUUCGCUGUUCGAAGUCCAAAAAGUGCUGGCACCAGCAAAGUAUAUGGUGCUUUACUCAGUAGUGAUGCAGUAAAUCAGAAUGAAAUAUCUACUGCACUGGAUGCGAUUCGUAAAAUGGUGACGAAUAAUAGUGGUGAAGCUCAUUCAAGUGAACAGCAAUCGGCAACCGUUAUUUCCAGCUCUGGAAUACUGCCGUCAACCAGUGUUUGUUCUACGACACCUCAUGGUGGCGCUGCUUCGCCAGCAUUUUCAGACAUUUCGGAUGAUGCUCCAACUUUGGAGAAAGAGGUGGCCGAUAAAUCAGAGGAGCGGUCUUUGGAUCGGAUCAAAGAAUUAGUAAAUAGCACCGAAAAAGUCCCGCUAGAACAGCUAAGUUUGUCGAUCGAGGACGAAAAAAUGAUCACUGUAUCGAAAAGCGGAGUUGGUUCAUCCACUUUGCUUUGUCCUGUAAGCUCAUCAACUACCACUAUCGCUACUACAUUAUCUGUUCCUCGAAUAUCAGCAGAAAUGAAUCAGGGUUUCGUCUCUGAUGGUUCGAAAAAAAAUGAAACGAAAACACAGUCACAGGCAAACACUAUCAGUUCUUUUGCAUCAUCCUUUAUGGAUCCAUCCGGACUGCGUCACGCGUCCACUAUUCCAAUUUCUAUACCGAAUUUGUCGAACGCUCCUUCUGCUUCGGUUUUUGCACAGCCAUAUUUCAUACCAUUUAUCAGUCCCUCAGUAAGUAAUACCGCAACUCCAGGAAUGUCACAGCCUCAUACUUCGAAGCAUAAAAUUCAUGAUUUGAAGGCCAAUCCACCAAGUUUGAUUCCUUUUCAAUCUAAAGAAAGCAACAACACUCAGCCAUCUUCAGUUGUUGCUUCCUCCAAUUCUCAACCUCUAUCCCAAGGAGGAACAGGUAAUAUAUCAACAACGAAGCAAGUCAUGCACCAACAACUAGGAAAUCAGAGUGCUGCUUCAGGAAAUUCUUUCGCAGGCAUUCAACCUCAUGCCUCUAGCAAUAACGACCGUAGCGCAAAUACUCAAAAUGCGCAAUCUUCUGCACUGAACUUUAUGCAGCAUCAACAGCAGCAACAGGCCUAUUUCGCACAGUUGCAACAGCACCAACAAAUGCAGUACAUGCAACGAUUUGGCGCAGCUUUUCCAAUGACGGGACCGUCGAAUUCCAUGAAUGCUGUUGCACAACAAGCUUACGAACAGCAAAUGGCCGCUUUGCAUGCAUCAUUCGGCUAUCCAGGAAUAUUUAUGCCUCCAUCAUUUCCACCCAAAUAAAGGAAUGGACGGGAAUAUUACUAUUCGACAAUAUGUUAGGUUCUAAAUAAGUUAUUUGAACUUGUUUGCUCAGAAUGUAGGAUGUUAUUUUGUUGCGGAAUGCAAACUGCUCUAUAUGUUAUUCAAAGCUCGAAGGUUUCCAAACACAAAAAUCGGAUGAGAAAUGAAUGUAGCAAUGUCUUGCAAAUCUGAACCCAGUUGGUAGAAUCUCUGAAAGUUCAUUUUUUCUUGAUAUGCACAGUUCAUUUUUCCUUUUUGUUUCAGUCAUUUUUGGCUCUUACUGUACCAUCACUCAGGUUUACUGUUGAAUGUUCGGUCAUUCAUGAAAGAAAAUAUUAGUGUCAAAACUCGUAAAGUGAUCAUAACAUGUAAUUAUUGGUACUAUUUUAAUAAGAC